AUGUCGGCCGCAGGUUCUAACUCGAGACCCCUGAAGUCCGCCUUCGCAAACAAGCGGAAACAGGGACCACCAGGCGACAAUGGAGGCGGCAACGGCGGCGGCGGCGGCGGCGGUUGGGCGCAGAAGCGCGUCAAGAUCCGCCAGGACAGAGAAAUCGCCGCCCAGCAGUCCGACGCGGCCCUGAAGGACGGCGAGCUGGACCUCCAGGCCUUCCUCAACGCGCGUGAGUUCGAGAUCAAGGCCCUCGAGGAGAGCAUGCGGCACACCAAGGGCGAGGCUACGAGCCGCGCCUUCCAGCAGGUGCCCCGCGGCAUGCGACGGCGCACGGCGAGCCACAACGCCAAGAGGGUGCCCAAGAGGCUGCGGCGGAGGGCGCUCAAGGAGAUGACGGAGGAUAACACCCCCGUCGUGGUCCCGAGGCGCAGGAAGCCCAAGACGACGAGGGCGAGGAUCCGCGCGGAGACGGCCAAGAGGUUGGGGAUCCUGGCGGCGAGGAAGAGGGCGAAGCAGCUCAAGGCGGCGAAGGAGAAGAACAAGGAGGGCGGCGCGGCGGCGGCGGCGGCGGACGGAUCGAGUGCGGGGAGGGUCACGGUCACGACGAGGGCGCCGAGGCCCAAAAUACGGCGGAACCAGCUCAACGAACCCCCGAAGCGGAAAUCGAAGUUCAAGAAGCGCCAGAUCAACAAGACGUGGCUGCCGACGCACCUGUGGCAUGCGAAGCGGGCGAGGAUGACCGAGCCGAAGAGCCCCCUGUGGCGGUUUGCGGUGCCCCUGACGCCGAACGAGAAGACAUAUCGAGCGACGCAUCGCGCACAGGGAGAGAAGGGCGCCGUGGUAUGGGAUACCAGUUACAUGAGCACUAUUGGGCUGUAUGGCUCUGCCAAGGGCGUAGAACAGGUGCUGCGAAAGCUUGGUGUGAGCCAGGAAAGCUGCUGGAACGACAGGGGAGCGAGGUGGAGGGCUGGGACUCGGCACUGGACUGGGUUUUUGAGCAGAGAGACCAGACACGCAACGCGGGAUAUCUGUCCAGCUACUAUUCUCUGGAAUCCCGAGCCUACGUCAGAAACCGAAAACGCGCAGCCGAGAAAGACACAGAGACAGGUGUUCCUCAGAGUCCACCCAUCCGCCUUCCUUGAGGUCUUCAACGAGCUUCUGCGUCUUGUCAAGAUGCAGACCCCCAGACCGUACAUCGAGGAUCUGCGCUUUGAGAUCGGCAGCAUCGAGCUCACCGGAGCAGCUUCAACAGAGACGCUCCUGGGUAUCCUGCAUCCCCACCAUGCCAAGGAGCAGUCCAAGGAGCAGCACGCCGAAAUUUUCGGAGGACUUACCAGCUUGAUGAGUCCAGCAACGCUCCCGGUGAAUGCCACCCUUGGGUUUUCUAUAAUGGACCCCCGUCUUCGAUAUCCUCCAAAGAAGGUCACCGCACCGGACCCGGAUGAUCAGACGGCACAAAACAAGUCUCUCGAAUUGCUAGCGAAGUGGCCCGCAGAAGUCCACUUGAAACCCUACGGGCUUUUCAAUAGGGACUCCAGGGCUUCGGCGACUCAGCUGCCGUCUCAAAAAUCAAUAGACAGAAGGAAAGGAGCAAGACGCCCAGGGACGGUGCUCGAAGCCUCAGACGCCGACCCGCCCAUCCCGAUUCUCCUGCUGGCUUCGCGCGGGGGCACUGAUGCCCAAGUCCAAGGUAACUGGACACUACUUGCGCCGUGGAGGUGCAUUCAGCCGAUCUGGCACAGCCUUGUUCACUUUCCCUUGUCAUCCGGCGGCAACCCUCGAUUCUCGGGUUUGAAUGAGAUCAGACAGGUUGCGUUCGAGCGGAACCUGGCUUGCUUCCCUUUCGACUUCCCCGGCACCAAUGCUGGUGCAGAAUGGGAGCUCGAGGAGCGCGCCAAGCGGAAACGUGACUGGGAACGCCGGCCGAAGAGCAAGCGAGUCGCCUGGGAGUCGCUUGAUCUCGGAGCCGGGCGUAAAGGAGAGGUGGGAGACGGCUUCGCCUGCGAUCUCGAGUUCUUGUUCCGAGAAAAGACAAAGAAUCAAGCGCCGCCAUCGUCAGACGAGAUGGACGUGGAUAAACCAACCCGCGAGACAGAGCCUCCCGUAACCGCCUCGCAUGGAGAAGCGCUCAAGACACUCCACCAAGUCCGAAAGGAUUCUUUCAAGCAACACACCUCAUCACCCGCCUCCUCACUCUUACCCACGAGAUCCAUCAUCAACGCGAAAAUCACCCUUCUCAGCCGCGGCGUAGCAACAUCCUGCGCCAGAAUCUACCGCCUCCCCGCACGCCCGGAACCCGUCCCGCCAGCCUCGUCGGCCGAGGUCCCCGCAACGGCCCCGCCCCCGCCAAAGUCCAUCAACGGCCUGCCCGCCGACCUGCGCAGCCAGUGGCUCGCGACCCUCCCCUCCGCGCCGGCAACAACACACUCCAAGAACAACCACCAUCACAAGCACCAGCGCCUGCCCCUGCCCCCGAACGCGGACAUGAAGGCCCGCAAGAAGCACGUGGCCCAGAUCCUCGUCAGCGCGCCGCCGCCGUCCGCGAUGCCGCCGACCAAGCCGAACCAGACGGACAUGAACGGGCACCCCCUCGUGCCGAACGAGGAGGACCUGAUCGGGUUCGUCACGACCGGCGCCUUCUCCCUCAGCGAGGGCCGGGCGACGGCGAUCGGGUGCCUGGCCGCGGAGAAGGCCGCGGAAGCGCUGCGGACGGGGGGCAAGAGGGAGGGCGGCUUGUGCGUUGUGCGGAACGCCGGGGAGAGCGUUGGUUGGAUCGCGCGGUGGGAGGUGUUGUGA